UGAGACAUCGAAAGGAAAGUGGAUUGAUGCACGGGUGCUUAUUUAGGCUAAGCUAAGCCAAAGCAGGGACGUGAAAGGCAAUAAAGAUAAUUAUCAGAGCUAAGAUUGACCAGCUGUAAGAAUGAUGGCAUCACUCUCGGGCUUGCCUUUUGGACUCCAGUCGAUGGACCAGCCUCCCUGUCCUGGUUGCUCCUCAUUUCUCAUGGAACCUUACAUCAGAUGUGCAACAUGUGGCCCCCCUAAAAUUGAUUUAUGUCUCCAGUGUUUCUCAAAAGGCUGGGAGGAUGGUAAACACCAAAGCAACCAUGAUUAUGAAAUUAUUACUAAUAGCUUCUCACUGUUUGAUCCAAACUGGACAGCCAAAGAAGAAAAGGCUUUACUGGAAGGAGUUUCCGAUUAUGGCCUGGGAAAUUGGUAUGAUGUGUCCAAUCAAGUAGCUGGUAAGACAAGAUUAGAAUGUGAACAGCACUACAACAAAGUCUACAUAGAUAAUCCAAAGCCUCCUCUCUUUGCUCUUCCCAUGCAAGCAGAGCUUCCUAAGCGUACAAGUCUACCAUACAGAAUGUGUGAGGAUCCCCCAAGACCAGCCAGAGACUCACAGAAGGCAUCAUCUGAGAUGGCAGGCUAUAUGCCAGCUAGGUCAGACUUCAAUAUGGAAUAUGACAAUUAUGCUGAGCUUGACAUCAAGGAUAUCUAUUUCCACAAUGAGACAGAUGAACUCUUAGAAGAGCUGAAAUUUGCGACAGUGGACAUCUACCAUUCCAGACAGACAGAGAGAUACAGAAGAAAGUUGAUUGUCAGAAACCUUGGACUUGUCAACUUGUUAAGAAUUCAGAUGGUUGAGCGAACACACAGCCAGGCUAUUCGUGACAUGGUUGAAAAGUUGCACAGAUUAUGUCGUCUUCACACACCUGUAGCUCAUGACAAAUUCAUUGAAGGCCUCAUAUAUGAACAAGAUCUGAAGAAUGAAAUCAAAAAGCUACAGGAGUACAGAAGAUGUGGUAUCAAGACAUUUGUAGGUGCUGAUGUUUACAAUCGAUUGAAAUCCAGGAGAGAGCAGAUGAAGGAUCGUAAGAACCUAUUAGGUGAAGUCUUAUCCAUCACUAGGGAUCCAAAUGCAUGUCAACAGUGGCUCAAACGACAAGCACUUCUUGAAACCGGUCACAAGGAACUACCUCCAAUAUCUGCAGGACCAGUUCGAAAGCAGACACCCCCUCUGGAUCUUACUGGCUUUGUUGGGUAUGACAAGUUGAACGAGAAUGAAAAAGAGUUGUGUGCUACAUUAAGGAUCAUCCCAGAGGCAUACUUUGAAUACAAAACAUUGUUCAUUAAUGAAUCUCAGAGAUUGGGUUUCCUCAAACUGAAGCAAGCCAGGACCCUUAUCAGGAUUGAUGUCAACAAAACAAGGAAAAUAUAUGACUUUUUUGUCAAGGAGAAACUUAUCAAAGCAUCAUGAGGAGACAUUCUUGAGAUACCUCAAAGU